UUCUAUUUUAAAACAUACUGCGAAACAUUUUAUUGGAAAAAAUGUUCAUUAUGAUAUUUGUUAUUCUCCUGUUUAGUUUAUUAGUUGCACCUUUCAAAGCUGACGAUUCAGUGAGUGAUGUCUCUUCGUGCAAGGGAGUGUUGUGCCACGACAGAAACACGUGCUUUCACGUCUAUUUUACGUGCGAUAUCUCCAACAGCAUCGACAAUUCAACGGAGGAUUACAGAGAUUACAUGACAUGGUGCAACCAAGAACAAUAUUUCAUAUGUGGCAUCAAUUGCUUUGCGAACUCAUUCCUUUGUGAUGGUUACCUUGAUUGCAAUAACGGAACAGAUGAAAUCAACUGUGAUAACUACACUUGUCGAUCAGAUCAGUACAAAUGCAGUGAUGGAGAAUGUAUUCCCGGUAGAUGGGUGUGUGAUGGUGACAGAGACUGCUCAGAUGGAACGGAUGAAAACGACUGCGUCUACGAAAGAGGCCUCUACCACAGGUGCAGAAACGGUCAACACGUUCGUAAACAGCAAGUCUGCGAUGGAAUAUCUCAAUGCGAAGAUCUUUCAGAUGAAGAAAAUUGCACUAGGAGGCGCUGUAGAGGUUUCUACUGCGGUGGCCAACAAUGCAUUCACUCCAAUUUCAGAUGUGACGGUGAUCGUGACUGUAGAGACGGCAGAGAUGAGCAUGACUGCGGAAAAAACACUUGUGACAGUGAGCGCCAAAUAAUGUGCGACGUGUAUAGAUGUGUGUCAAAAGAUUAUGUGUGUGACGGUGAUUAUGAUUGCUCUGACAGAACAGACGAAAAUAAUUGCGAAAUAAAUGGAAACAUGAAUAUUGCGACGGAAAGAAUACAACUAGAUAACAGGUUGCAGAAGGCUAAAAGAAAACAAUUGCCGAAUAAUAAAAGAUAAUAAUAAAAUUUAUGAAAUAAAACAAAA